AUGCAGCGCGCUCUUUCUUCCCGCGCGAGAGCUUCCGUCCUCUCUGCUGCUCCCAGCAAGUUCCGUGCCGGUGCCGGCCUGGGACAGCAGCUUCGCUUUGCCCACAAGGAGCUGAAGUUCGGUGUUGAGGGCCGUGCUGCCCUGCUCGCUGGUGCCGAUACUCUGGCCAAGGCCGUCGCGACAACACUUGGCCCCAAGGGUCGCAACGUCCUCAUUGAGUCAAGCUAUGGCUCCCCCAAGAUCACAAAGGACGGUGUAACUGUCGCGAAGGCAAUUACCCUUAAGGACAAGUUCGAGAACCUCGGCGCCCGCCUCAUCCAGGACGUCGCCUCCAAGACCAACGAGACCGCCGGUGACGGUACCACCACCGCCACCGUCCUCGCCCGUUCCAUCUUCUCCGAGACCGUCAAGAACGUCGCCGCUGGCUGCAACCCCAUGGACCUGCGCCGUGGUAUCCAGGCUGCUGUCGACGAGGUCGUCGCUUUCCUCCAGAAGAACAAGAGAGAUAUUUCCACCAGCGAGGAGGUUGCCCAGGUCGCCACCAUCUCCGCCAACGGUGACCAGGAGGUCGGCAACCUGAUUGCCAAGGCCAUGGAGAAGGUCGGCAAGGAGGGUGUCAUCACCGUCAAGGAGGGCAAGACUCUGGUCGACGAGCUCGAGGUUACCGAGGGUAUGCGCUUCGACCGCGGCUUCGUCUCCCCCUACUUCAUCACCGACGCCAAGUCCCAGAAGGUCGAGUUCGAGAAGCCCCUGAUCCUCCUCUCCGAGAAGAAGAUCUCUGCUGUCCAGGACAUCAUUCCCGCUCUUGAGGCCUCCACCCAGCUGAGACGUCCUCUUGUCAUCAUUGCCGAGGACAUUGAGGGUGAGGCUCUCGCCGUCUGCAUUCUCAACAAGCUCCGUGGCCAGCUCCAGGUCGCUGCCGUCAAGGCCCCCGGCUUCGGUGACAACCGCAAGUCCAUCCUCGGUGACCUGGCUGUCCUCACCAACGGUACCGUCUUCAGCGAGGAGCUUGACAUCAAGCUCGAGAAGGCCACCCCCGACAUGCUCGGCUCCACCGGCUCCAUCACCAUCACCAAGGAGGACACCAUCUUCCUCAACGGUGAGGGUGCCAAGGACUCCAUCUCCCAGCGCUGCGAGCAGAUCCGUGGUGUCAUGAACGACCCCACUACCUCCGAGUACGAGAAGGAGAAGCUCCAGGAGCGUCUGGCCAAGCUCUCUGGUGGUGUCGCCGUCAUCAAGGUCGGUGGCUCCUCCGAGGUUGAGGUCGGUGAGAAGAAGGACCGCUUCGUCGAUGCCCUGAACGCCACCCGCGCCGCCGUUGAGGAGGGUAUCCUGCCCGGUGGUGGUACCGCCCUUAUCAAGGCCUCUGCCCUUGCUCUUAAGGACGUCAAGACCGCCAACUUCGACCAGCAGCUUGGUGUCACCAUCGUCAAGAACGCCAUCACCCGCCCUGCUCGUGCCAUCGUCGAGAACGCUGGUCUUGAGGGCUCCGUUAUCGUCGGCAAGCUCACCGAUGAGUUCGCCAGCGAGUUCAACAAGGGUUUCGACUCCUCCAAGGGCGAGUACGUCGACAUGAUUGCCGCCGGUAUCCUUGACCCCUUCAAGGUCGUCCGCACCGGUCUGGUUGACGCCAGCGGUGUUGCUUCCCUGCUCGGUACCACUGAGGUCGCCAUCGUUGAGGCUCCCGAAGAGAAGGGACCUCCUCCUAUGGGCGGCAUGGGUGGUAUGGGCGGAAUGGGAGGCAUGGGUGCAGUAUCCCUGAAGGGACUUGAGAGCUCUGUAUUGUACAAUAGCACUAGCAAGUUAUCAUCAUGUCUCAAUCCGGGUUCGUAUUUCCCCUUCCGAAGAGCCUCUUACCUCUGCGCCGACUCACCAUCUAAUGGGCGACUCUACCGCUCCAAGGCGGCGCAUGCUAACCCGAUUUUCCCCACCAGAGCGCAAGUCUCUCAGGAGUGCAUAACGGCCUACAACGAGCUCAAGCUCUCCAAGAAGUACAAGUACAUCAUCUACAAGCUCUCGGACGACAACAAGGAGAUCGUCGUCGAGGAGGCCUCGGCCGAUAAGGACUAUGACAACUUCCGCGAGAAGCUGAUCAACGCCCAGACCAAGUCCAAGAGCGGUGCUGUUGGCAAGGGCCCCCGCUACGCCGUCUACGACUUCGAGUACAGCCUUGCCUCUGGCGAGGGUGAGCGCAACAAGAUCACCUUCCUCGCCUGGUCCCCCGAUGAUGCCGGUGUCAUGGCCAAGAUGGUUUACGCCUCCUCCAAGGAGGCCCUGAAGCGCUCGCUCACUGGUAUCGCGACCGAGCUCCAGGCCAACGAUGCCGACGACAUCGAGUACGACUCCAUUCUCAAGACCGUCAGCAAGGGCAUGGCUGGUUAA